UUUCGCAGCGCGCCCCGCGGUAGGUAGAAAGGAAAGGCUCGAAGGCGACGGGUGCCGAGAAGGCCCCCGCGGGGGAAAGCGCAUCCUGCGCCCGUUUCCUUUCUCCAGGAGGCUCCUCGUUCCUGCAAGAAGCGGGGCAGAAGUUGCUUUAUUAUUAUUAUUAUUAAGGCCAAAGGCUGCACCUGCGUCGAUUCCCCAAGGACCUUUCCUGGUUGGUGCCUUAGGUGGGAAGUUGGAAAAGUAUGCUGGAAGAAGGGAGACUGGCAUUCGCACAAGAAUGGAAGAAUGAGGACUUACCGACGGACUCAAAAAUAAUUUAUAAAAUUAUGGAAUGUGCGGAGUCCGACAGACUUACAAAACUGAUCAAAGGAUAAAUAUUGAGAAUGGCUCUGCAUGAGAUGGUUCAGACUGCGGCCAGAUUAUAUCCUGAAAGAAGAGCCGUGUGUUUUGAUGCAUGUAACCAUCAGAUUCCAGUUUCCUACAUGUACAAGACAGUUAUGAGCCUUGCUACAGAACUUACAGACUUCCUGAGGAAACAUUGCAACCUUACUGAAAAUUUGGAAAUAGGUCUCUACUGUAACCCAGGGAUAAAUUUACCUUCUUGGAUUCUCGGACUUCUACAGGUACCUGCUGCUUAUUCUCCCAUCGAUCCAGAUGCCUUGCCCAGCCUCUAUAUUUCCUUUAUGAAGAAAUGUGGUUUCCAAUACAUCCUUGUUGAAGAAGAUAAAGUUGAUAAAUUCACAAUAACCUAUGGACACUUGUACAGCCAACAUUCCCUUCAAAUGAGGAGAAUUGGUUUAAUUCUUUUCCAAAGCCACAGUGGUGUUCAGUUGACCAAAUAUGUAAAUGCAGAUAGUGAAAGUUCUGUGGUCAGAAGCAUCUGUAAAGAACAGCAACAUGAUGUUGGAGCACCCAAAGAUCUGUUGGAUGUCAGAGAGAAACAUUCCCUGGCAUAUGUUUUGCACACAUCUGGAACAACAGGGCUCCCCAAAAUUGUGAGGGUACCUCAUAAAUGCAUCGUACCAAAUAUCCUUCAUCUUAGAGAGCUUUUUAAAAUUACUCCAGAUGACGUAGUGUUUAUGGCCUCUCCUUUGACUUUUGAUCCAUCAGUCAUUGACCUGUUCAUUAGUCUGGCGAGUGGGGCAUGCCUGCUAAUACUACCCACAGUGAUUAAAAUGAUGCCACAGCAGUUAUCCAGGGCUCUCUUCCAGAAGCACAGAGUGACCGUAUUGCAGGCUACACCAACUCUUUUGAAAAGAUUUGGAGUUGAACAUAUUAGAUCAAGUGUAUUGACUGUGGAUACUUCCCUGCGAAUCUUAGCUCUCGGUGGAGAAGCCUGCCCUGCGCUUAGCGUGUUGAGAAGCUGGAAAGAAAAAGGAAACAAAACUCAACUCUUUAAUAUUUAUGGCAUUACUGAAGUUUCGUGUUGGGCCACAUGUUACAGGAUUCCUGAGGAGGCUUUCGACAUGGAUCAUCGAUUUGAUUCCCCUGUACCACUGGGAAUACCGUUAUCUGGAACAGCAGUUGAAGUCAAAGAUGCCAAUGGCUUACUUGUCCAAGAAGGUGAAGGCCAAGUAUUUAUAGGAGGAAAUGGACGCGUCUGCUUCAUUGAUGGCGAAACAACAUUACCUGUGGACACCAUGAGAGCCACCGGAGAUUUCGUAAAAGUUAAGAACGCUGAAAUGUUUUUCUUGGGGCGGAAGGACAAUCAAAUUAAGCGUCAUGGCAAGCGUCUCAACACUGAAUAUGUACAGCAGGUGGCAGAGAGCCUCUGCACAGUGGAAACCUGUGCCUUGAUAUGGUACCAACAAGAAAAAUUAAUUCUGUUUGUUGCCCCCAAAGCUGUUUCAAAGCGGCACCUUUUUAAAAAGCUCCAGGAACGUCUCCCAAGCUAUGCAAUUCCAGAUGAGGUUUUGCUGAUUGAUACUUUGCCAUUCACAUCCCACGGCAAAAUUGAUGUGUCCGAGCUGAACCAGAUUUACAGCAGCCACCUGAAUUCUCGAAAAAGUGACAGCAAGCUAAGCGAAGAAGAACUAUGGCAAGGCUUACAGAGUCUCUGGCAGGCUAUUCUUAAUCUUCCAGAUGGUUCCAGUUGUAUUUUGGAAGAGUCACAGUUCUUGCCUAGUGGCGGGGAUUCUUUAAAAUUGCUGCAGCUUCAUGACGAAAUUGAACGUAUGGUAGGUAGGCCUGUUCCUGACUUAGUAGAAAUUAUUCUCAAUCAUUCCAUUAGCGAGAUCUACAAACACAUCCUAAAAUCAGCUUUCCCAAGGGACAACCUAACUAUAAGCCCUCACAGUGCUGUAAAAAGAAAACCGAGUGACCCUCUCGGUGAAGAACCGAACAAUAAGUAUGUGGAGCUUACCCCUGAAAAUUCACUGAAAACUGACGUGGGCCCCAUAGGUUUUAUUGCCGUAAGUCGAGGAAACCACUUAGUGUCUAUCAAUGAGCCUGUGAAAAAUCAGAUUGAAGCAGAACCGGCAGAAAAGGAUGAAGUGUCGCCAGAUAGCGACACGAAUCUAAAUAUAACAGAAGAUUAUUCUGCUGAAGGAAAUUUGGAUGAAGCAAAUCUUGGUGAAGUUACCCAAAAGCUGACACUGCAUGUAAGAUGGACCUCGGAUCUCGGCAAAUGUGUCGAUGCCUCUCCGCUACUUGUAAUCCCAGUUCCUGACAGAUCGUCUGCUCUUGUUUAUAUCGGAUCUCAUUCUCACGUGGUUCAAGCGAUUGGCUUACAUUCAGGCAAAGUGAAAUGGACAAGAAGCCUUGCAGGCCGCAUCGAAUCCUCCGCCUGUGUAUCUAAGUGUGGAAACUUCAUUGUUGUUGGUUGUUAUAACGGACUGGUAUAUGUUCUCCAGAACAGUAAUGGGGAAGUCCACUGGGCAUUUCCCACACAAGAUGCUGUGAAAAGUUCUCCGGCUUUGGAUCCUUCCACAGGAUUAGUCUUUAUUGGAUCUCAUGACCAGCACAUAUAUGCUUUGGAUAUCUAUAAGAAGGAAUGUGUUUGGAGGUUACACAGUGAGUCUGGAGGUAUAUUUUCUUCUCCUCAUCUACACCUGUUUCCACAUCACCUGUACGUUGGUACUCUGGGAGGACUACUACUUGCUGUUAAUCCUGUUAUGGGGAAAACUGUUUGGAAAACGAUUUGUGGGAAACCUAUCUUCUCCUCACCCCAUUGCGACAAAGAUUAUGUAUACGUUGGCUGCGUGGAUGGAAAUUUUUACUGCUUUAGUCACUUUGGAGAAAAGGUUUGGACAUUUUCCAGCAGUGGGCCAAUCUUUUCAUCACCCUGUGUUUCACCUUUUUCCAGAGAUAUAUUCUUUGGGUCCCAUGACCGCUUCAUUUAUUGCUGCAACAGGGAAGGAAUUGUAUUAUGGAAGUUUGAAACUACAUCAACAGUUUAUGCAACUCCAUUUGUUUUCUGCAGUCCUAAAUUGGACAGUAGAACAUUUCUGGUGGCGACUUCCACAGAUGGUAGAAUAUGGAUCCUGAAUGCUAAGACUGGGGUGGCCGAAGGUCGAGGACAACUUCCAGGAGAGGUCUUCUCUUCGCCUAUAGCCUGGGGAUCGACAAUUGUUGUAGGGUGUAGAAACAACUACCUUUAUUGUUUAGAUCUAUGUUUAUCUAAAGCUAAUAAAAUUCUGUAAUGAU